AUUCCUCCAGCACCCCAAGUUUCCUCCAGCACAGUCCUCUCUUCCCCCGCCCCAGCCCCAGUCCCAGUCCCAGUCCCGGCCGAUACCGAAGCCAGCUACUCCCUCGACCCGUCAUUGUCAGCUCGCCAUCAACUCGAACCGUCCCCAUCUCUCGCCGAAUAUAAUCUCGGACAAAUACUGGGCAGGAGAAGGCGAGCGUCUGAAGACGACUACGAUUCGCCAGAGCCCACCUCUGGGUUCAUAGAAGCCUCGGCUUCUCGAGACAUCUCUCGUACCAAACCUACGGCCAAACGUCGGCGUCCUGACGACACAAUGUUGGCCGACACAGACACAGACGGCCCAUCACACGGCAUGGCGAAAGCCCAUGCAAACGGAAAGUCGCGGACAUCGCCAUCAACAAGCACUAAUGGCAAUCACAAACCAGUCGUUUCGACAAAUGGUUCUUCCAAAUCUCGAUCGCCAGAGACUUAUUUCGGCCACGAUCGUGAAGAGGUGACCCGGCUACUCAUCCAAACUCUGUCAGAUAUGGGCUAUCAGUCCGCCGCCGAAAGCGUCAGCAAGGACAGUGGAUUUGAGCUGGAGAAUCCAGCAGUGACGGCAUUCCGUAACGCUAUACUUGGUGGGGACUGGGCUCAUGCUGAACGAUUGCUGGAUGGUGCAACUUCCGCCGACGGCAGGUUGAACCGAAGCGGUAACGGGCUAGUGUUGGCACACGAUGCAGACAGGAAUCUCAUGAGGUUCUGGAUACGGCAACAGAAGUACCUCGAGUUUUUGGAGGAAAGAGACACCCGCCAAGCUCUGUUGGUCCUCCGCAAUGAGUUGACACCUCUAUAUCACGACCCUCAGAAGUUGCAGUUCCUGUCUACCCUGCUCAUGUGCCCUCCAGAUGAUCUUGAAUCGAGCGCGCAAUGGGAUGGCGCUCUUGGCCAGUCUCGGAAAAUUCUGCUUUCCGAGCUUUCUAAAUGUAUUUCUCCGUCGGUCAUGCUGCCGGAACACCGCCUGGCUGUAUUACUUCACCAAGUCAAGCAAAAUCAAAUCAAUAUGUGCCUGUUUCAUUCUAGCGCCGAGUCGCCCUCGCUCUACGCGGACCACAUUUGCGAUCGGGAGCGAUUUCCAUCUCAACCGAUCAUCGAACUCGACGAUCAUUCAGGAGAAGUUUGGCAGGUCGCCUUCUCCCACGACGGAACCAAGCUGGCGAGCUGUGGAGGUGAUAAGCAAGUUAUCAUCUAUGAAGUACCGUCCUUCAAGGUUCUUCACACCCUCAGAGACCACAGUCAUGGAGUAGGCAAUGUCGCCUGGAGUUGGGACGAUUCUAUGCUCGUUACUUGCUGCCAAGACCAUUACGCGCGGUUGUGGGAUGCGCAUACGGGAGAUCUUCGAAGAAAAAUUGAGCGGUUUUCGGAACCAGUCAGCAGUUGCGUUUGGGCUCCAGACAACCAGUCAUUCAUCAUUGGUUGCUUGGACAAGUCGCACUCGCUCACCCAAUGGGAUACACGAGGCAACAAGAUCGUGGAUUGGGAAACAAGCACUCGGGUGGAGGAUUUGACAGCAUCGGCAGAUGGCCGAUGGCUCGUUGCCAUGGAUGAUAAAAACCAUAUUCACAUCUACAACCUCGCGAGUCGAGAUUUGGAAUACUCGAUUGAUCUACGGACGCGCUUGACAUCCGUCACAAUUAGCGCAGAUUCGCGCUAUCUGCUUAUUAACCACCAGAGUGGCCUUGCAGAACUUUUUGAUCUGGCACUCAAAGAGCACGUAACAAGCUAUACUGGACAUACCGGAGGCGACUUUGUGAUACGCAGCGCAUUCGGAGGGGCCAACGAGAGUUUCGUCAUAAGUGGAAGUGAAGAUGGCGCCAUCAACAUCUGGCACAAGGCCACUGCCACACCUGUAGAAAGAUUGGUCGGCCACCAGCCAAGGACCAACUCGGUUUCCUGGAGUCCCACGGAUCCGUGCCUCUUCGCUUCCUGCGGCGAUGACGGCAAAAUCAAGAUGUACGGCACCAUAUUCCAUGAAGCAAUACCUUUGAGCUUGCCGCUGACAAGGAGAACAGAUGGUCCAACGAUGAAUGGGUGAGAAAGCAUAGACAAGAAAGCGGCCACAGUUCAAAUGGUUGGCAUGGAGAGCGGUACAGCGAUGACUAGAAGCCGCUCAAGCUCGUGCUGUGUGAUAUUCUUUUUUUCCCCUUCUCCCCAGCAUGGUUUUAUCGAGUGCAUAGGUACGGCGUCGGCUU